AAAUGAACGCAACGCACUGUUUCUUCAGAAACUUUUAUCCCUAAAGGCCCAAAGCAUCAAAGGAGCUGUCAGCGGUAGAAUUUGGAAAGAAUGCAGCGGAGGCCCAGCCCAUAGAAACUAGUAAAUUCUCAGAGAUGGAGCCGUCAAUAUAUCCCAUAGAAACCCUAGUUCCCAUCUGUUGCGCCACUCUGAGCGUCUGUUGUUGCAGCUGCCGCAGCGGCACGUGAGAGCCUUGAUUGCCAGAAGGCAGAAAUGACGACCCGUUUCAAGAAGAACCGGAAGAAGAGAGGGCACGUGAGCGCAGGGCACGGUCGUAUCGGCAAGCACAGGAAGCACCCGGGAGGUCGCGGCAAUGCUGGAGGCAUGCACCACCACCGAAUCCUGUUCGACAAGUACCAUCCUGGUUAUUUCGGAAAGGUCGGUAUGCGUUACUUCCACAAGCUUCGCAACAAGUUAUACUGUCCCAUCGUCAACGUCGACAAGCUCUGGUCUUUGGUCCCUCAAGAUGUUAAAGACAAGUCUAAGGCUUCCAACGACUCUGCUCCUUUGAUUGAUGUUACCCAGUUUGGUUACUUUAAGGUUUUGGGUAAGGGUGUUUUGCCACCCAAUCAGCCUAUUGUUGUUAAAGCUAAGCUUAUUUCUAAGACUGCUGAGAAGAAGGUUAAGGAGGCUUGUGGAGCUGUUCUACUUACUGCUUAGGCUUUUUAAGUAAUUUUUCAAGGUCUUUUUUUUUUUUUUUAAGGUUAUGAUUGUUAGUGAAUUUUUGAGUUUUGAUUUGGCAUGAACUUGUAUACUGAUAUCGUUUUAUUCAGCGUAAGUUUGUGAGAAAUGAAAUGGACUAGUCUUUUUUUAA